GCCGCUGCGGGGGAGCCCGCGGAGCCCGCGCAGACGGGGCGGGCGUGGAGGAGGCGUGGGGCCGGAGCGGGCGCUGCCCCGCGGCGGUGGAGGUUGCACUGGGGCGGCGGCGGCGCCGGGACCAUGCCCUACCUGCUCAUCAGCACGCAGAUCCGCAUGCUGCUCUGCUGCAUUUUCCUGCAGGAAGUCGGCCCAACCAUGGUGGGAGAUGAACAUUCGGAUCCCAACUUGAUGAACUACCUGGGGGCCACAAAGAGGAACAUGUUGGGUAACCACUUCUGGGAGUACUAUGUGAAUGAUGCACCCCGGAUAGUCUUGGACAAGCUAGAGAGCUGUGGUUACCGAGUGGUCAGCAUGACAGGCGUGGGCCAGACGUUGGUGUGGUGCCUCCACAAGGAAUAGCAAGGAAGACUUCUGCAUUCUACCUGGACAAGACCCUGCUGUGUAUCAUCUCACACAGGACUGACAGCAAACUUCUCCUCUUGAGUAGUUCCUUUCUGUCCCAGAUUCCAGGCACUCGUGUGGGUGAGUCAGGGGGGAGUGCCAUGGAGACAAAACUUCACUUAAUGGAAGCUUGCCAUCUCUGCCAUUGUACAAGGCCUUAGGGGAGGAACACAUGCCCAGUCCAGACUAAAGGUAAAUCAUAAACAGAGAGCAGAGGGGUCUAACUAUGCAUUCAUCCAAAUGAUAGUCUGGCAAAUACUAUCCAUUUACAUUUUAAUCAUCCUCUAUUUAGCAUGGAGAGAGAACUCAAACAGAUUUAUCUGUCUCUUCCUUAGGGCUGCCCCAGAGAGGUAUGUGCUGAGCUGAGAGUUCAGAGCAUACCACCAUCCAGUCCAUGGGAGGGAGAACAGAGAGGGUGACGGGGAGGGGAGGCCAAGCACAAAUGGCAUAUACUCUAAUCUCUUGAAACUGAAGUGGUGGCGGCUAAACCUGCAUGUUGCCCUUUUGAGAAUCCCUUCACUUGGCAGCAAAGCCAAUUUCUCUCCCAAAUGGAAUUGUGAUUAGCAGUGUCAGACCUUUAGUCCCAAGACUGCCAUUCAAGCAUAACACCUGGUUCCUGAAAUAGCCUUAGAGCAGCACAGAAAGGUGUAGUGAACAUUUCAGGGUUUGGGCUGCAUAAUCUUAACAGCAGCAGUUGCAAUGCUGGAUUGUUUUGGACUGUGUGUAUUGAUCCUGCUGUAGGGGUAAUACUAAUAAAACAUUUAUCUAAAGAGAC